AUGGCCCUUUCUCCCUCCACCACUACCGCUACCGCCACCACCCAGCCCGUCGAGGCAGACAAAGUCCAAGGCACCACCACCAACACUUCCACCACAACAUCCACCACUGCUACCACAGUCAACAACUCCGCUGCUGCCGCCCCAAGGAAGCGAAGAAGAAGAGCUCCUGCCACUGGAGCCACCGAAGACUGCUUUGCCUGCAAGAAGCGUCAAGUCAAGUGUGAUCGACGUCGUCCCUACUGUGGACAGUGUGUUGAGAUUGGAAAAGAAUGCUCUGGUUACCGUACCACUCUAACAUGGGGCGUCGGUGUAGCUAGCCGUGGAAAGCUUCGUGGCAUGACUCUGCCCGUUGCAAAGUCUCCUCCCUCCACUGCCACACAGGAACCCAAGACACAACGGAUGAACUCGAUUGCUUCAACUAGCACCUCAUCCGUCUCCUCAAGUUCCCACCAAGAUCAACAUCACUUUGGCCACCGAGCUAGUAUCGACUUUGGCGCCCACUCUCCGAGGAGUCCUACCAGUCCCAUCUACUCGGCGCCACAGGAAUACCAAUACUUCAGCCCCACAAGCCCAAUACCCAUCCCCACCCCCUCUACACCAAUGGGCUUCCCCAUGCAGCAACAUCGAGACCAGUUUGAGUUCCUGCACCCACAGGCUUCCAAGUUCAGGCAUCACCAGCCCCAUCGAGGUCCUCUCCAACGGUUACAGACCACACUGCAUGUUCCUUUUGAAGACAACGGCAUGUCGGCUUCAUCCGCCUCCCUAGGCACCUACAGCGACAGUGACUUUCCCUCACCAAGCGAGUUCCCAAACACCCCAGUCGACGAGUACCCGUUUGCAGACCCCUCGAUGCCACGCUACCCAUCAUACGACCACGCCCCCAUGGGCUCCCUGGACAACUACUUCCUCAACGAAGCCCCUCGCUCAUUCCCCACUGGGGAUGACAUGAGUUCCAGUGUAAGCUCGGAUCAAAGUCUACAAGACUAUCCCGAAGUCAGCACGGCCCAGCAAAGCAUGGGCCCUAUCGUCUUUCAAGAUGUUUUUACCGAGGGAGAGAUGAGCUCGAAUUUCAAUGGAUUUCAGCCUGGCUUUUCCUUUCUCCCGUCGGAGGGUAUGUCUUCCUAUGGCUCUGGCCCCCUGUCUCAAGACGUACUGUCGCUCACCACUUCUAUUCCCCAGAGUCUUACCAUCGCUUCGCCUCUUUCCCCGCGGAUGCUAUUCCUCCUGGACUACUACGACAGAUUUAUAUGCCCGGUGUUGGUGGCUUUUGACAGCCCACAGAACCCCUACCGGAUGCACAUAAUACACUUGGCCAUGCAGAAUGAGGAGCUGCAGAAUGCCAUUGGCGCUUUGGCCACGAACAACAUGCGCAUGCGCGGGGGUAUCGAGGGACGCCGCGUUAGCGUGCUCCACGACACACGACUGAUACCAGAUCAUGCCUACUCAUCAAUGACGGCCAAGGAGUUGCGCGAGAUGCACGGCGAAGCGACCGACGAAGAGAAGCACUACAAGGCCAACUCUAUUACUCUGCUCAACAAGAAGCUGAUCGACUUUGAUGGAUCGCAGGACGAUUCUGUACUCGCCACGCUUCUUAUUCUCUGCCUCUUUCAUGUGUGCGACUCCGGCUUCACAAAGUUCAAGACACAGCUUGCAGGCGUGCAGAAGCUUCUGAGCUUGCGCGACCGGAGCAUCCAGUCGGAGUUUGUCGGAUGGAUUGAGACCUUCUUCACUUGGUUCGAUGUCAUGACGGCAGCGGUGAACGACCGGGAGAUUGAAGUCCGUGGUGACUCGCUUGACAUGAUGAAUCUGAGCGCCAAUCUGGGUGCGCUAGAACACCACUCUGGCUGCGAGGGCCGACUCUUCAAACUCAUUGCUCGGCUUGGAAGGCUCAACCUUCUCAGCCAGAACCGGCCUGUACGCGACAACGACGACACGCCUACAUCAUCACCACGGCCUAAGAAGGUCAAGGAUUUUUAUUCUUUUAGUUUUGACAACAUGGACGGUAAUGGUUGGGGCACACCUAUUAACGACCAUGUCGAUCCCUUCGCAUCGGCUCGCGACGAUCCUCGCUCUGCGUUCUGGACUGAGUGGAACGAUCUGCGGAUUCGACUGCAAGAGUGGGAGUUUCCGACACCUGGAGAAGUGCAUUCGAAUUCCUGCGAUGCAACAUCGUCGAUGCUUGUCAUGUCUCCAGAGCAAGCUGCGUUGCUCCACAUUAGCGAGAGCUUCCGCUAUGCAGCACUGCUCUACACUGAGCGCCUUGCGCAGCCGACGCUUCCACCAUCGUCACUGAAUUUCCAGAACUUGGUAGCGCAAGGGCUCUAUCACAUUUCGCAGAUUGGCAUGACGAGCUGCGUCAACAAGUUUCUCCUGUGGCCACUGUUUAUCGUGGGCACAGAGUGCGUUGAUCCCGAGCACCGCGCAGUUGUACGACAACGAUGCGUGGAGAUUCAACGUGAGAGCGGCUUCUUCAACAAUCUCAGUGGGCUAGAAGUGCUAGAGCGGGUAUGGCGUGAGGACGACGAGUGGUCAGAUGGUGAUGUCCACGUGCCAAGGCAAAACGGGCCUUUUAGCACCGUGCAGCACCCGUUCCGAUGGAGGAGAGCCAUGGAUCGUGUGGACGGGGAGUACAUUGUGAUUUGA